AAGCUAGAACGAAACGUAAAGUGAAAUAACGGAGGAGGCGGCUUGCAUAUUUUACAUUUCUCAAUGGAUCGCUUAGUUUAUCUGACUUGAAUGCCCAAUCCAUGAGAUAUGACAAACGUGCCGUAGUCUAUUUGGAAGUUUGUGAAGUCAGUUCAUCCGUCGUCAGCCAGUCAGUCAGUCAGUCAGGCAGGCAGGCUUCGGGUGGGCUGGCAUAUCUCGAUCGGGUUGCUCUUGUAACUUCAAUUGAGUAGACUCCCGGGCUCUCGUUGGCUGGACCACUGAGGGCUGGACGCACAAGAGCGUCACCACAUGUCAAACAGACGCAGUGGGUCCUGAAUCCACGAACGGUCUUCUAGCAGGAACAACUAUUGAAUUCAAACUGCGGAUUGUGGAGACUCCGCGGACAACUACCUGGAUAACUGCGGUCUUAUCUUUUUGUUGUUGAUUUUCGGUGGACACCACGUGCGUAAUCAUAUGCUACAAAACCUGUGCGUAAUUCUUUUCAGCGAGCGAAACAGUGACCAGCGGGGGGGAAAAGCAAACGCGUACCUUUUUUCUUUUUUUUUCUUUUGCAUGGAAUACUUUUUUUCAAUUUAGCUCACCAUGGCGAACAUACGUUUACAUAUGUUGCAUUUCUUGUUUAUUUUGGAGGCUACAGUUGCGUCAGAAGAACUUGGGAGAACCUCCCGCAUGGUCAGCGGUACCCAAGAAGACGCCGAGCAUCUCUCCAUCUCUGCGUCCUACAGGGACAUGGUCUCCAUCAACAUGUUUAAACUCUAUGAUAACUACAGCAAAGAACCGCAGAGGGAGAAGGAUGGAAACACCGUACGGAGUUUUAAGGCGGUCACAGGGUCCUCCAAGAACAAAGAGUGGUACCAGUUCAACCUGUCCUCCAUCGCCGAGUCCGAGCACAUCCUGUCCGCGACCCUCCACUUCCUCCACAAACGCCCGCGCCUCCCGCGACCUCUGCCCUGCCGUCGCUCCCGCCACCCGUCCUGUGACCACGCCCACCCUCCCCAGCACCCGCACCUCCUGCUCCACGGGACGUCCCGGAACGCCGCCUCGGCCACGCUGCUGGCCAACAUCACCCUGCUCCUGCGCUCGCCCUGGAAGAGAGGGGCGUGGCACGUCCGGGACAUCACCGCCGUCCUGCGCCAGGCCAGGGCGUCCCACCAGCUGCUGAUCACGGCCGAGGUCGCAGACUCCAAGAGGGGCACCGGGAGGAGCCUCCGGGAAAGCCUCAUGCCGCCCGGCACGCCGUACAUGCUGGUGUACGCCGACGACCGCGCCAUCGACGAGCCCAACAGCGUGGCGGUGUCGCUGCAGCGCUACGGCAGCUUUCCGCUCGGGGAGGAAGGAGCUCGCCCGGCGCCGGACACGGCCUCAGCCUCAGCCUCCUCAGCGGCCUCCCCGCCGGCGGCACCCUCCUCGACCGCCUCCAGGACCCGGAGAGAGGUCCCCCCUCCCCUGUCCCUCCUGGAGCAGAUCCAGACCAACGACCUGCCGGAGGUCCACUUCAACACCCUGAAGAACCACGAGCUGUGGCAGAGCACCUACUUCCCGCCCAAGGCCAAGGCGGCGGGGGGGAAGCACGGGCGGAAGCACGGCCAGCAGGAGAGCAGCAGCAGCAGCAGCGUAGGGAGCAGCGAGGGCCGGGGCAAGGUUCCUGAGGUGCUGAGCUUCGACGACAGGACCAUGAAGAAGGCCAGGAGGAAGCAGUGGAGCGAGCCCAGGGUGUGCGCCCGCCGCUACCUCCGGGUGGACUUUGCGGACAUUGGCUGGAGCGAGUGGGUGGUGGCGCCGAAGGCCUUCGAUGCCUACUACUGCUCAGGGACCUGCGGCUUCCCCAUCCCUAAGGUGGUGCGUCCCUCCAACCACGCCACCAUCCAGAGCAUCGUGAGGGCGGUGGGUAUCGUCCCCGGGGUCCCAGAGCCCUGCUGCGUCCCCGACAAGAUGAGCCCGCUCCCCGUGCUCUUCCUGGACCCCAGCCGGAACCUGGUGCUCAAGGUGUACCCCGCCAUGUCCGUGGACACCUGCACCUGCAGGUAGACCUAUAGACCAACACCCAACACCCCAACCCCCCCAAGAUAACCACCAACACCUAACCCCCAUCCACCCGACCCAACCCCCAUCCCAUGGAAGGGUCAGGUGAUUCGGAAGUCACAAUCACAUGGACCAAUGGGGAGGGGAUUUGGGAGUGUAAAGGCUGGUCCAACGGUUACCAGGGCGACAUGACAUUCUUUUCAUGUGCAUCAUCGUGUUCUGCGUCGGAAACAGAAUGAUGGACAGGAUUCCCAGGACAUUUGUCAAACUUCUAAAAAGAUGGAGAGUAUGGACAGUGAUUGGCUGAGACUGAAUCUGAGAGAGUAUUUGGAAAUGAGAAGAGAGCGCACUCAUUGAAAGCCUUGAAAAAAGUUGGGAUUCGACUGAAAAGACUGAACAGGGCAGCAACGUUGAAUCUGCAUGGAAGCAUAUUUACUCUCUAAUGAAAUAAUAACGAUGACUUAUGACGUGUAAAUAGCUAUGUGACUAAUGCAAGUAACUGGUAGUUAUAUUUUGUAAAUACAAGGUUCUGUUGUAGUCAAAGAUGUACUUGCAUGUCUAUAAUUGUUUGUUCAAGCAUUUUACAACAGACCCUUUUAUGUAUUGUAUAUAAUAUGGUGAUGAUGAUUAUAUAUUGAUACCUACUGAGUUAAAUAAUAUUUUAGCAUCGUUUUGUAUCAUUAUUGUUGUUACUGCCACAGAGAUCAAUAAAGGUUGUAGAAUGCUGCCACCUGCUGUGUUCUUUGAAGAAGUGCAGUUACCUGCUAAUGAAGCCCCUAAUAAAAAACGGAUAUGUCCAACUUUAA